AAACUGACCCAACUCUGCAAGUUCAAUGUCUGAUUGUUUUACAUUGGCACCAAGCAAUUAAAAAAAUGGGCAUUAUUUUAAGCUUAGCGGUGUGCUGUAACACAAAAAUAACACCAUCCACCCCAUUAGAUGGUGGAUAGAGGGUGCCCUACCACAGAUCCCUCCCAGUGUCACAAGUGGGACCAGGUUCAAUGGUGGUGCACUGUCUGGAUGGCAGUAGGCCGGUUCAGCAAGGACCCCUUCUGUGGUACUAUUGCCGUGUUAAGUCUGGAUAUUGGGUGGUGGAGCAGUCAGAAACCAAGACAAAGAUGGUCCAUCCUCUCGCAGAGAAGCUCUAUUGGAUGCAUAUACGACUAUGCAAAACUUUGCUGUGAUAUAGAGGCCCUAAUAACAAGACACCACCAAACCAUGUGUAGGCAUCCUUGGAGUCUUGGCAUCCUAGGAAUGACAUAUUUCAAGACCUUCAGCUUUAUUCCAAAUUUUCCCAAGUUCUCUGCUCUGAUCCCCUUUAUACUUUUUGCAGUUGUUUAGGGUGGGUGACACUACUUACUUCUGUGGUUGGCCUUCUUCCCCGAGAUGUCAAAAUCCUUUCCUUGCUUUAUCGUGUGUUGCACUGCUUGUUCUACAUACCUACUGAAAAGACCAAACAAUUAUGAAAAAGGUUUUACAAAAUACUUAUGACUUUAGAAAAUACUAUAUUGAUACCUUGAAAAAAUAUUAGAACAAACAGUGCUUUCCAAGUUAUCAAAGGUGAUUGCAUCUGUAGGCAAUUCCUUUCAGUCCUUUUCUUGAAGCUCAUGUAUGAAAAGUAUGAUAUGGCCAUGGGACCAUAAUGAGGGUAUGCGCAAGAAACACAUAUGCCAGCAUGAAUGGAAGUGUAAGGUUUGCAUUUUGUGCCAGAAUUUCCAUUUGGUGUUAUUUAAAACUGCAGAUCAGGGCUAGACGGUGACCAGCGCUAGAUGAGUGUAUAGGCAAACUGUACAACGUUGUUCCAUUAUAUCCUGGCUCUUACAGAACUGCUCCUUUAACAGGCAUCUGAGGCCUGUGAAGAGACAAACAAUGUUAAACUGAGCCAUCUCACACAAACUCACUUCAGGCAUCCAACUUCAGAGUCUGGAUUAGGAGUCUCAGUUUCUCAUAAAGUCUGUGGAGCCAUUUUGGUGCAUGUGUGCCGUGACUCACCUUAUGAAGACCCCACUGGCUGAGACUUUCAUUUGGACCUUCCAUGCAAUGGAAGCUGAGCUUCAGUUGCACUUUGGGCUAAAAAUUUGCUUAAUGUGUUACUCUUGUAGGAAUUGCUUCUACAACUCUGGGCUGCCCCUCUGCAGUCUUGCAUGCACAAGGCAAUUCCACUUUGCCAGGAAGCAGUCAAGAGCCUGGGGGGCUUUGAGAUGACCUUUAAAUUAACCUGGUGCAAAAAGCAUAAGCAUUGAAAUGAGGGAUGUAAAAGGUAAUUCUGAGGAAGCCACAGGAACAAGUAAAAUAGAAGCAGAGUACGUUGCUGGUGACAGUCCCUAGAGCUGAAGACAUCCAGGGGUAAAUUGUGUCUCAGCCUGGGAAGGCUGGUACCUCCACAGCUUGGCAGGUUAGUUAUUCUGUACAGAACAGGAAGGCUGGAGGCUGCUCCCUGGUGAGAGGAGACAUAGUGUCCUCCUGUGAAAGAACAACAAAGAUGAGUCUUGAACCACACUCUGGGGCAAACAGGUAUUGAAAGUGUCUCUCUCUUUUUUCCAAAAAGUAUCAAAAAAUAUCACCUCCACAUCCUGAAAGCUUGAUUUCAGCCAGUUACUUACGGAGAUCCAGAAGGGCUCAUGCUUGAGCUUUGUCAGGACACAAUCUAUUAGCAAAAUCCUGGAUCAAGAGUUGAUCUUGAAGUGAGCGUCUUUAAAAUUUGACAGUACAUAGGUUUUGACUGGGCUGUUAUCAUGGUUACCUAGUGUGAUCCUGUGCAGGAUCCAUAUUCCUGGGCUGGUUCAUGUGCCAAUGUUGCUGCUGUCCACAAGGCUUUGUUUUCAAGGUAGUUAAAUGAAGACCAUAAUGUAGUCUUCCCUGGCGUGCAGGGCACCAUCAACAGGCCCUGCAUCUUUAUUUUUCCAAGCAAACUUUGGAGUUUUAAUCUCAUUUUAAACCUCUUGGAACAAAAUCUCACUUUGAGUUACAACUAAAGCAAGGGAUGGGAGCUGCAUAUUUCAGCACAUUCCCUUUGGGAAUAAAAUCGACAAACACAAAGAUUGCCUAAGACCCUCUUACGUGCGUAGCAGCAGCCAGUGUUCACCAAGAAGAGGACAUGGCCUUUGAGGAACUGAGUCAGGGGAGGAGCUCAGCAAUGACCAUUCACCACAUUGUGGUCCCUUUAAAUCUUCUCCACUUGGCAGCUCCAAUUUUUCAGUGUUGCUAUAGCAAAUCUCCAUGGCAAUGACCCUAAUCAGGGAAGGGGGAUGCAGAGGGUGCGCAUGCUCAGAGCGGCUGCUGGAGCCUCUCCUGCUUGCUACAACUGCUCCAAGGGUCUAGCAGACAGGCGAAGAGAAAGAUCAGGCAGGGAAGAUAGCUUGAAUUAUUGAUGAGAUAAUGGCGUUGCCGUCUGUCUGGAGUGUGAUGCGUGUGGCGAUCCCGUUCAUCUCAGUGGUUGGCCUGCUAAGCAUGAGGCUUGUAGGGGCCAGCCAGGACCCUGGGAGUGUGAUUCCUGCAGAAAGUCGCCCCUGUGUUGACUGCCAUGCAUUUGAGUUCAUGCAGAGGGCGUUGCAGGAUUUAAAGAAGACGGCAUAUAAUCUAGACGCACGGACAGAAACCCUCCUCCUGAGAGUGGAAAAGAGAGGCCUGUGUGAUUGCUUUCGUGCAGUACACUGAAAAGAGCACUGGGAUUUGGCCAAUGGACAUUUAUUCAUUUUUAAAAUACUGUUCAAUAAAUUACAGGAAGAUACAGAGUGCAAGUUGUGCCACACCAUAAGGAAAACAAUUUUUAUCCAGGCAGGUACAGCUCAGAUAAUUUUUGCUUUGAUGUGUUUUAUCAUUACUGUAUGCAAUAUUGCAUCUGCUGAAAUGUCAACAGAAGAAACAGCGCCCAAGUCUCACUUGUGGCUUUUAUGAGAGGAUAGCAUCUCACUUUUCUAGUAUUUCAAGCCAAAAAUUGUCCUUGGAUUCUCAGGCCAGCCCAUCAGCACACGUGAAUUGCCAUAGAUCUGUGAAAGUCAAUGGAGCUGAAUUCUUUAAUGCAUUUAUGGUAGAAUAUAUCCCUAACAUGAAAAGGAAGCUACUUUGCAAUGAUGCAUAGCUAAACAUUUACAAACAAGCAGUCAUGGCUUUAUAUAGAAAUUAAUAGUUGUCACUGCUUGGCAGUCCAAGGAAGGUAUUUGUUCCCAAUUGUAUCAAUAGUCCAGUGCACAGAAAACACUGUAAUCUGUAUCACAAUUUUAAUUUCUUCAGAGCCGCACAGUAGCUGUGAUUUUUUUGGAGAGAUGCAUUAAGUAUCUAAUGUGAUCAGUAACAUUUGUAAUCGCAUGAAUACUGCCUGGCAAUUGAACCGAUUGCGUCUGCCAAAAUCUUCUGAAGAAGUGUCUUUCAUUAAGCAAAUCACAUACUGGAUUGAUCCACUCAAACUGGCCUCUACACAGGGUUUUGGCAGAGAGCCUACAAAAUGCCUGUGUGCCCAGGAGUCUCUUGCAAACUGUAUUCUGAGAAAUAUUUAAGUUCUACCAAAAUGGUCCAUAGCUCUUGCAUGGACUUUACAUUCCAUAGCAGUGGGUUACAGUGCUGAUACUAUUAAUAUUCCUGCUGCAGUCAGUGUGAGACAAGAGAGAACAAAACAAUUUAGGCAGUGUAGUAGUAGUAGUAGUAGUAGGUGGCAAAAUUGCGCCUUGUUACUCUUUGAAAAAGGAGAGCAAAUCCUUUCGUGUUAUUUUCCCUUUUUCCUUUGUUUUGGGGAGGAGAGCAGAAAAUGGCCCCCGUGGAAAAUUAUUGUAGAUAACAGUAAGAUUUUUCAUAGGGCUUAAAAUAUCAUCCCCAAAGUAUAAUUAGUAGAGAUCUGUGUAUCAGCUAGAGAAUCUAUGUACAGGCUAGACGCUUUUAUACAAGCAAGAGUGUGGGAGCAGUAUCAACAACAGUGGUUUUCAAAGUAAUUUUGCCAAUUCUUAUGAAUUUGUCUCUCUUCCCAUAAAUGGCUGAUAUUUUGCUGUCAGGCUGCUCAGUAAGUUAUGAUGGAAGAUAUUUGUAUGUUUCCAAAGUGCUUCUCUCCCAUUUUCUCUACCACAUUAGGCACAGGGAAAUAGGGAACUGUGACCCACUGCCAACUUUGUGUGCAGUCAUACUCAGUAACGCAAAGGAGUGUAUUGCCAUAUACUCUGCCAAAGUUGUUCAAAAAGCAUGUGUGUGGUUCUCAGCAAGGAAAAGGUUCCUUGCACCUGCAUUUCAAGCAGGAAAUUCACUUUGUCCUUUGUAGUGUUCUAGAAAAACCCUUAACAGGUCAUCAGGAUCUAGUUUGUAUAAAAGAGAAGCAGCAUGACACAGCAACACAUUGCUUCUAGCAGCAUUACACUCCAGUGGUGACUGACUGACAGGAAGCAAUAGAGGUUCUUAUCAUAGACCAUAUUUUAUUUUACAGAUAAAACACUAGGCUUAACACAACUCCUUUGUGAAAUAUUAAACUUAGGUUACUUUACUCCCACUUAGAUUUGAACCAAAGUAAUGCACAGGUUUUUUUGAGUUGGCUCUUCGCAGGAGAGGGAGUUCCAGCACUGAACCUGUGAAUUUUCCAGCCCAGCUCACCUUAUCAGGGGGCAGUGUGUCUAUGGUUUUGUAUUGCUAUUGUGCAUGCUUAUUCUGCUGGUACCUUAAAGAAUCUUGCAAAGUCCUGUUAGCAAACACUGAGGUUUUUUGGCUGUGUUUUUAUUUAGAAAAAUGGUUGCUCACAGUUGAGGUUUGAUACAUGCAGCUUGUUACAAUAAAAAAGUGGAAUGAAUGACAAGUGGAUGUUCUCUGACUCCCAAAGGGAUCACAGUGACACUGCAACUUUACAGUUGUGAUGACAGUGAUUAUUCUGUAUGUACUCCUCUUUGUCUAUAAUACAAUACAAUAAAAGCGCAAGAUGCAUUAUGGUA